AAAUAUAUAAAUAAGUGUGAAAAGUGAAAACAGCAGUUCCCACUACAUAAUGGGGGUGUUCAUUGGUGAGGGAGAGUGUUGAUUGGGGCAAGUGCCAGUCCCAGACCCCAAAGUCCCCACCAAAUUUAUGAUCCAUCAGGUGGUGGGUCUCCAACUGUUCCCGUUGACGUGGUCAGGUUUCAUUGGUCAGGAGACCGAUGGCGUCAGUCCGAAGGAGCCCAAACAGCGGGCUUGCCCUGGAUCUUGCGUAUGCAAGCCAACCGUGAACGGCCCCGAUUCGUUCCUUGCCUUCUGGCCCUCUGUCUUCCCCCGCUUCACUCCUCCUCGCACUUCUUUCUCUCUCUCUCUCUCGCCUAGAGUUGGAGCUGAAAAACUUGGGGAGGAGAGAGAGAACUGAGAAGAUGCUGCUGGGAAAGAGGCCGCGGCCGAUGACGAGAACGACAAGCAUGACGGAGUUCACCUUGGAUCUGAACAGCAGUGAAGUUCCGGCGCCGCCCGAUCGUCUUAAUUUUAACCCCUUCUUCGGGAGCUGCCAGAAAGCGGUAGACGUCGACGCCGUAGGGGGAGGCCCCUCCAGGAAGCCCGCCGGGCCCGAGGUGACGGAUCAUCGUUUUUUCGCCGUCGUCUCUCCCAGAAACCACAGUAGGACUCCCCGCGAUCUUCUGCAGACGGCCCAUUUCCUGAGGGCCUGCUCCCUCUGCAAGCGUCGCCUGAUGCCUGGCCGCGACAUAUAUAUGUACAGAGGUGAUAGCGCCUUCUGCAGUCUAGAGUGCAGGCAGCGACAGAUAAAUCAAGACGAGAGGAAGGAGAAUAUUGCAUUGUUAGCUUCUAAGAAAGAAGUUCCACCGGCGGGAACCGCAGGAUCCGCCAAAGGUCCCACCAUCGCCACCGUGUAGAGUCGCCGGCCGGCAGCAACCAGAUUGGAUUCACCGAUCAGCGCCCACUUAAUUAAUUAUUUAUAUCGAAAACCAUAUAAAUAUAUUUUUUUGGGGGCAUGAGCGGCUUUCUUAUUUUCCUGGGGCUGCCUGUAAGUACUGCACUGUUAUUAUCUCCCUUUGUCAAAAUCUGAUCGAAAAUGUGCGAGUUUUGGGACCGUUUAGAAAAUAUUGUUGCGACAUAUACCCCUGAGAUUGAGCUCUCUGACUUUCUCCUACUUUCAUUCUCAAUUUCCUGAUCGAAAAUUUCCCGUCUUGGUGUCAACCGACGGGAGUGUCAAGUUGGAAAUUUUUAUAUGAUUUGUGAGCCGUGACCUCAAUUUCUUCUCGUCUAUAUUAUAUAUUGCCAUACAAAGGAAUUUUUGGUUCUA